AUGUCAUAAUUGUUGGCGAUGUACGUUCCAAGCAAAAUGUCCUUUACGAGUACAGUGACAGCGUUAGCGGUGUACAGCAUUCUAUGGCUUUCAUUGCAAACGCUACAAGUGCAUACCAUCAGCCAAGAACAGUUGGAAAAGACGGCCAAGACCUUCCGGCAAGUUUGCCAACCGAAGCAUAAAAUAUCGGACGCUGUGGCAGAUGAUGUUAAUCGGGGGGUUUUUGCUGAUACGAAAGACUUUAAAUGCUACGUUAGCUGUCUGCUGGACAUUAUGCAGGUGGCACGCAAAGGGAAGGUGAACUAUGAGAAAUCGCUUAAACAAAUAGACACCAUGCUGCCGGAAAACAUGAAACCGGCCUUUCGGGCCGGGCUCGAUGCGUGUAAAUCGGCAGCUCUAGGCGUUAAAGAUCAUUGUGAUGCGGCAGCAAUACUGUUGCAGUGCUUUUACAAAAAUAAUCCCAUGUUCGUUUUCCCAUAGCCACAGUUUCCAUUUCAACAUUAAAAUAUGUCUCAAUAUUUUUUUUCUGGCAUGAUAAAGAUUUUGAGAGAAUAAAUCGAACUCUCCUGUAACUGUUGCUGUACCUUUAUUC